AUUGGUUUUAGAGUUCAUGUGUGCACAUGGAAUGUCAAAGUCACACAGCCCCCAGAUCAAGACUUCAGACCUUUGUUGCAUCUUGACAAUGAUCAAGAACUCCCUGACAUUGUUGCUGUAGGGUAGGUUCUUAGACCCAUGUACUUAAUCACAUAUGUCUUGAUUGCUGGCAACUGUUAUCUUGACAAUUAAAGGGGCUAUAGUCACGAGGAUAUUGCUGUUGUGAAAUCAGCAAAGAAGGAACAAUAUUAUUAUUGGAUGAGGUUGAGCAAAGUGUCAUGAUUUGUCUGUGGCAAGCAAAUAAUUGAUCUGCAAGACAAUGACAAAUCAUGAUAUUUUGCAAUAACCGAGUUCAAUAAUUGUUUUAUGAUUCGAUCACCGAGUUUGUUUUUUUAAUGAAUAUUCUCGGGAAGCGAAGCGAUCUGCCAUUUUACGCAAGAGCGAUCGCAAGAAGGAGAAAAGCACGGUUUCCAUUACACAUGUGCACAAUAUUGUUUGUAGCCAAACACAGUUGGACAGCAUUGCACAUGAGCAGACCAUUAUUUGUAGGCAGUUAUUUGCAGGUCACAUGGUGGGCUCUCAGCCAAUGAAAAGAAAGAAAAAUUUGCUUUGAAUAAAAUAAGUCAAUAUACACAUUCAUAAUGGUAGCACUCAACUGAAAUUAUGUGAAAUAAUUAUUAUUUCACAUAAUUUCAGUUGAGUGCUACCAUUAUGAAUGUGUAUAUGGACUUAUUUUAUUUUUUUCCUUUUUAUCUUAUAUAUUAUUUAUAUGAAGUUAAUUUGUUAGUUUAUUUAAUCUUUAAGUCUACAGGAAGUUGAUGCCAAACCACAGUCAUUGUUAAUUGAAUAUAUAAAGGAAAACUCAUGGGUGAAAAUCCUACAGGCAUAUCUUGGAGCAUAUGGCCUAGUCAAGGUACAGUGUAUCACUUGGUACAUUAAGUGGCCUAAAGUUAAACGCCAUUUUCCACUAUGACAGAGUUAAAUUUGAUACUUGAAUUCUAAUGAUGACAUUAUUAUCAAUGUCUGAAAAGUGAGUGGUAGUUUUCUUACUUUUUUCUCUCACUGAAAACAGUACAAGUUUACUGCGCAUUACAAUAAAAUAUUUGAUUAUAAAGCAAAUAUUAAUCAGUAUUAAAUCAAGGAAAACUAACUGUCCUGGCCCCUUCCAAAAAAAAAACCGGAAAAGCCCAGAGAGCCACGAAAAGAUCAGAGCUCCUGGCUUUCUUGGCCUUUCCAGGCUUUUUUGCAUAUAAGAAAAAGCCUGGAAAGCGUGGAAAAUGUUCUCUUGGCUUUCCAGGCUUUUCCAGAGCCCAGCCACUCCUGGCUUUUCCCGGCUUUUUCCUGGCUUUUCUGCAUGUACAAAAAAGCCCGGAUAGCCAGGAAUUUUACCCCAGAAUUCCCGCAAAUUCCAGGCUCCUUUUUGCAGGUGGAUAAAUAGCCCAUUCAUUAUUUCUCACCAUGUCCUGCACAAAAAAGAUAUUCAACUAGGAAAAAUGAUUUUUAUACAUGACAGCAUCUAACAUAUGUUUGAUUGCAGUUGAAGUCAAUCCGAAUGCUGGGGAUGGUACAUUUGGUAGCCGUUCACACAAGACAUCUGCCUUAUGUUCGUGACAUUCGGCCUGGUUACUGCAAAACAGCUCUACUUGGACUGUUGGUAAACAAUGAAGUUCAGUUGUUUUAAAAAUGCUGCAAUUAAGUCAACUGAGUUCCUUUCUUAUCCAUUUUUUUUAGUACUGGUAGGGUGCAAAGAAAAUCAUUUUUACAGCUUGCCAUUCGGGCAAGCUGAAGCUAGCAUUUACACAUGUCAUUUCAGCCAGCCCCAAAAACUUUUUGUUCUUCUGUUAUUCAAAUUCCUCAUAAAACAUCAGUUGCCCGUCAGGCAAGUUAAAAACAGAAUUCACUAGCCCGAUAGCACAAUCCACUAGCCCCGGGCUAUCGGACAGUACUUUCUUUGCAUGCUGACUGGUUCUUGUAACUACAAGUCAAGACAGAACUCAUGUCAUUCUAAACAUAAUAAUGUCUUCAAAACACAUGUUUUAUAGCCUAGUAGACUGAAAUAUUUUUUUAAAGCAUGCAACAUUGCACAGUCAAAUGGUCUCCAUUUGCCUCAAAAAUCAUUAUAUAACAGUAAUAGAACACACAAGUUCUCUAAUGCAUCAAAAACCACAUGAUGUCACAAACCCAUUAGAAUCUCGGCCACACUUUAUCAGGGUUCUCCCAAAGCUCCAGCAAGCAAUCUAGUGGGUAGAGUUGUGCCAGCUAUUCACAGAAUACAAUUUCGUUAAAUGGCAUAAGACAUCUGUGGUUUCUCAACCCUUUAUUGGAUAAACUUAAGCAAUAUAAUAUAAAGUAAAUCAAAUGAGGGUUAAUAAAGAUGCCACUCUUAUUGCUUACCGUCUUUUCCUGGUCACUCAAAAUUUACUGAAUUGCGUUCUUCAGGGCCCUCUAAUUUUAAUUUUUUCUUUAGGAAGCCCUCUUGAGCGCCCUUACGUCUAAUCUAUUUUCACCUACCAGCAUGCAAAGAAAGUACUGUCCAAUAGCCUGGAGCUAGAGGAUUUUGCUAUCGGGCUAGUCACUUUUGUUCUUAGUUUGCCCGAUGGGCAAGUGAAGUGUUUUGGGAAUUCAAAUUACAGAAGGACUGUGUAUUCAAACCGCCUCAUCAAAAAGCUUUUAAGGCUAGUUAAAGUGAUGUUUGGGCUAGUACAUGCUAGCUACAGCUAGCCCGAAUGGCAAGCUGUAAAACUGACUUUCUUUGCGCCCUGCCUACUUAAAAAUUUCCCCCUUCUUCUCCUGAAUUUCUGGACAACCCUUUCUUAUUAAUCUGUGAUUACCAGUUAUGUAGCUAGUUUUGAACAGGUGAAGCCAUUAAUGUUAUUUUAGCAUACACUGUUAAGUCCUCUUAAUGUAUUUUUGUCACAUUGUUUCCUUUGUACAAGUAGGGCACCAAAGGAGCAGUAUCAUUACGUUUUACUCUUUAUGGACAAAGCUUCUGCUUCAUAAACAGUCACUUCUCUGCUCAUGCUGAAUAUGAAGAACAAAGGAAUCUGGUAGUACAUCCA